UUACCUCAGGCUUUUCCUUACUUUAUAAGAGCGAAUAAAAACGAAAUAAAACGAUACAGAAACACACAAAUAGUAAAAUAAAUUGUGUUUCUUCUCUCUUCUUCAUGGGAAGAACAGAGAAAGGGAUGUUUAGAAAUAAAAGUAUUACUUUAUGUGCCAAAAUGCAGCAACAUUUACCUCAGACUUGCUCAGUGGAAAUAAAAACACCACUUUUCAACCACUUAUUUACCACUAUUUGAAAGGAAAAGACCACAAACAAAACAAAAGCCAUGGAUCUGAAACAUUUCCCUCUUGUUCAUUUUGCAGCUUUUAAAAAUAUCAAUGGAUACUUUCUCCAUUUGCAUAAAUAUAAUAAUUUGUGUAUGCAAAAGCUUUAUAAAUAAACAUUAUUAUUAUAUUUAUGCAAAUAGAGAAAUGUUUCAGAUCCAUUCUGUCCAUAAGACAAAGUGUAACCACGUCUUUUGUUUGUGGCCUUUCCCUUUCCUUUUCCCUCUUUUAUUCCUAUUUUUAAAUCCUUUUAAGAAAAACAAGGCUUUGGAGCAGGGAAACAUAUUGCCCCUAUUUCAAUUUCCAAGGCGCCUUUCCAUAACAAAGCCAAAAGAAUAAAGCUGAGGCAACCUAGGCCUGUUUUAUUGCAGGACUUAUUAUUAUCAUUUAUGGUACUGAUUUAUUUAUGUUGAAAUGAGCCAAAGAAAGAUACCUUUUGGGGGGGUGACAUUCCUUCGCCUCGAUCCUCAGGGAGAGGCGGGAAAUAUAUAAAUAAACUAUUAUUACUACUGUACUACUACUACUACUACUACUAUUAAAAUUCCCCAACUGGUCCAGUGAUGCAUUCAGGGAGUUAUAGCCCUAUGGGUAACUUUUUCAAGCUCUGCGCACUGUGUUCUUUUGCUCCCUCGGUUCCUAAAAUCACAUUUACCCUUUAUUUCUAUGAGGACUGCCUGGAAAAGAAGAUGUGAGCUGCCACAUAUUAUGGCAAUGUCUCCUGGGUUUUAUUGCAAGGGACCCACUAGGAUGCUCAAAUUCCUUUGCAAAAACCCCAUGGCAACACAGCAAACGCAAGACAAAAAGAGCCAAGCCAGGCUUUAAAUGGCUUAAGUCCACACUCUCCAGGAUGGGACCUCUCUAUCUUUUUGCAAUAAAGCUCAGCGGCCUCUUUCUUUGUUCCCCUGCGCAAAUACGCAAUCCCCAGUUUGCUUUGCCUCCUCCUUCUCUUGCCCAGCUGUUGCCAUUUCCAAAGACUUCCAACUUUCCUUCUGUUCAGAAAGGAGUCUGCAAAAGACCCAUGGCCAAGAGGAGCGGAGCAAACCUGGGAAUGCAAGCGUGGGCAAAAUGGCUGCUUUGGCUGGACAUUUGGGCCUCUGCGGCUUCGGCCAUGCAGACAGUGAGCAUGGUCGACUUUUGUGGCCAGACCCUCCAAGGGGAUGGGAUGGUGUUAACUUCUCACCGAGACUCUCGGCGUUUCUACUUCGUGGUCCCUGGCACCGACUGCCAUCUCACCCUGCAGGCCGCUUCCCCAAGGGACCAAGUGGCCUUUCAGUUCCGCUUCUUCCUAGUCUACAGUCUGCUGCGCCUGCCGUCCAGCACCCCUCUCAGUCCUCACAAGGACCAUCCCCAGGAGACCCCUGACCUUUGCAUCUCCAGCUCCUAUGUCCAGUUCUACGAUGGCAAGGACCCUAUGGCCAAACCCUUAGGGAUGCCCUUGUGUGGGAAGAACAUCCCCAGGCCCCUCGUGUCCUCCGGCAACUUCCUGACCCUGCGUUUCGUGACCCGGGACCAACAGCCUCGCGUGGACUUUGUGGGCGACUUCACGUCCCUCCGGACGGGGCUGAACGCUUCGGCCUGCAGUGCAGAGGCCUACUUCCCCUGUCGCAACGGCAAGUGCAUCCCUCCCAGCUUGGUGUGCGACGGCAGCAGAGUGGAUAACUGCGGCGAUGGCACAGAUCAGUCUCCAGCCCGGUGUAAAGGCUCACCCACGCGUUUGCCUCUCCUUCCCGCCGAGGCUUCUUCGGUGGCCAGUGUUCUUCCAAAGCAGGUGACCUGCGCCAGGGGCACUGACCAAGCAGACAACCGCAAGGUCCUCCUCGCCUCCCUGGCUUCCCUCUUUGGGGCUGCCUUGCUCUUCUGGUGCUGCUGGAACCCAGGCUGGUUCUUUUGGAGGGUCGGUGCCUGCAGGUUCCUGCCUGGCUGCAAUGCUUUCUGUGCUGCCUGCCAUCUCUGCGCACAGAGCUGCACCUGCCAGGAGCAAGCCAAGGUGACCCCGCAUGGAGCCCCAGAGCCAUCCGUCUGAGAGUGGCGACAUCGGGACAUAACCCAGCAGACCCAACAGACAGACAAAAGCCAUAGGGAUAUCUGUGGCUUUGCACAGGACUGUCUGUAAAGAGAAGAGCUCCCUUGUGGAACAGCACUCAAGAUAUGACGCUUCAACCCCCCCCCCUUUUGCCUCAACCUUCCUGUAACUCUCUAGCGAACCUUUUCUUUUUAAGCAAGCGGACAGCUUAAUGCAAAAGGAUGGGGAGCCUUUUCCGCUUCAAGGGGUGCAGCUCUCAUCCAGAUUGGUUCUUGGGGCCCAUGUUCUGGUGGUCGACACAGCCAAAAUAGCCUAUUUUAGCAUACCUUCAAACUUGGGUCCUGAAAGAGGGCGUUUCAACACUGGUCUGUAGGAAUCCUAACUAGCAAAUCUAACCUGGCAUUUGCUUCUGUAGACUGCAGCCCAUUUCAUGCAUCUAUUCUGCCUCCUUCCUGUAACUGGGAGAGAAAACAUGCAAGGAGUUAAUGGAA